AUGGCGCUCAACGGCUUGAAGCCUCUGUCCCAGGACAGUUCUUGUUCCAAGCUGGACUACAGCACCAGAGGUCCUCCACCUGGCACGCCGCCGCCCCCUUCUGGUGGUGACAAAGGAGCUGUGGUGCUGGAGGAGGCCCUCAGUAGGCCCUGCCAGGCACAGGAGACCAGGACAGUGGAGGUCCUGGCAGCAGCGGCCGGCGUGGAGGAGGCUCAUCCUGGUGCCCCUCACAGCCUCCCAGUGGUGAAGGAUGCCAUCAAUGACGCCAUGCAGCGGACCCGCCAGAUUGCGGCCGAAAUCAGAGGUAAUACUGCUACCACCAAGGAUAACAACACUCCUAAUAUUGGUUUGGGGGACCAGAAGAGACAGCUGGAAGAUGGAGACCAGCCAGCCAGCAAGAAACUGACUUCCCAGGAAGACUUGAUUGGUUCUAGACCGGGACCCAUUCAUCCUCCCCACAGGACCUCAGUGACAGAAGAGUAUAGGGUUCCAGAUGGCAUGGUGGGCUUGGUCCUUAGCAGAGAUGGUAAGCAGAUAAGGAAAAUCCAGAAGGACUCAGGCUGCAAAGUUCAGAUCUUACCAGAUAGUGGUGGCCCCUCUCAGCGCAGGGUAUCUCUGACUGGAGCACCUGAGUCUGUCCAAAAGGCAAAGAUGAUGCUGGAUGACAUCGUGACUCGGGGCCGUGGGAAACUCCCAGGACAGUCCCACGACAAAGGCAAUGGGGGUCAGAAUGACACAGUGAAGGAGAUCAUGAUCCCUGCUGGCAAGGCUGGCGUGAUCAUUGGCAAGGGUGGAGAAACCAUCAACAAGUUGCAGAAGCGGGCCAGGGUGAAGAUGAUUUUAAUUCAGGAUGACUCCCGGAACACAAAUGUGGAUAAACCACUGCAGAUUAUCGGGGACCCAUACAAAGUACAGCAAGCCUGUGAGAUGGUGAUGGACAUCCUGCGAGAAGGUGACCAGGGUGAAUUUGGGGACCUCAAUGAGUACAGACCUCUGGUUGGCAGAGGCAUUUAUUUGCCUGUCCCCAGGCAUUCAGUUGGUGUAGUCAUUGGCCGGAAUGGAGAGAUGAUUAAGAAGAUUCAGAAUGAUGCUGGUGUGCACAUCCAGUUCAAGCGAGAUGACGGGACCGGCCCUCAGAAGAUUGCUCACAUCAUGGGGCCUCCAGAUCGGUGUGAACACGCAGCUCAGAUCAUCAAUGACCUCCUCCUGAGUCGGGGUGGGCCCCCACGUCCUCCAGGAGCCCCUAGCACGCCCCCUGGGGGCAGGGGGCGAGCCCAAGGCAACUGGGGUCCUCCUGCAGGGGAGAUGACUUUCUUCAUUCCGACCCAUAAGUGUGGGUUGGUCAUUGGUCGAGGCGGGGAGGUCGUGAAGGCCAUUAGCCAGCAGACAGGCGCCUUUGUGGAAAUAUCUCAGCAGCUGCCUCCCAACAGGGACCCCAAUUUCAAGUUGUUUGUCAUCCGGGGAUCGCCCCAGCAGAUUGUCCAUGCACAGCAGCUCAUUGAGGAGAAGAUACAAAGUCCCCUCUGCCCAGUUGGACCAGGCCCUGGGGGACCAGGCCCUGCUGGACACAUGGGGACUUUCAAUCAUGGAUCCUUCAAACAGGGGUCUGCAGGGGCACCCACGCAUGCUGGUGGUCCCCUUCUUUACCAGUACCAGACUCAAGGCUGGGGCAAUACCUACCCCCAGUGUCAACCACCUGCCCCUCACGACCCAAAGAAAGCUGCUGCAGCUGCUACAGACCCUAAUGCUGCCUGGGCUGCCUACUACUCCCACUACUACCAGCCACCCCCAGAUCCCAUGCCAGGCCCUAGCCCAGGCAUUACAGCGCCACCUGCACAGGGUGAGGCCCCCCAGCCUCCACCCACUGGCCAAUCAGACUACACCAAGGCUUGGGAAGAGUAUUACAAAACAAUUGGCCAGCAGCCCCAGCAGCCUGGGGUACCCCCACAACAGGACUACACCAAGGCCUGGGAGGAGUACUACGAGAAACAAGCACAAGCAGUCAGUGGUGGGGGUCCUGGAGCACCCCCUGGCUCCCAGCCUGACUACAGUGCUGCCUGGGCUGAGUAUUACAGACAGCAGGCUGCUUACUAUGGACAGACCCCAGGCCCUGGUGUUCCCCAGCCACCUCCCACCCAGCAGUGACUGCAGCAGACAAGUGGGAACUGCUACCCUCCUUUCUCCUUCCAACCCCUGGCCACCCUCCAUCCUGCCUCAGUGGGUAGCACAGGAAACCCUUUCCCUGGAGGGUGUGCCCUUGAUGCCAGCCUCAGGUGUAUGGCCAGAGUCUCCCAGAGCCUAGAAGUCCCAUCACUGGGGAGCACUUGAUGGGUGCAGAGGCUUAUGCUUGAGGCCCUCCUCUCUUUCUCAGGCUGUGUGUCUCAGCUUUUUCCUUUGCAAAAUCGGGAUCCUUCAUAUUGAG